GAGGUUUGGUCAGCAUUCUAGACUCUGUACUGCCUACACUUUAAAGAGCAGUGGUCUGUGAAAGAAGACUUGUAACCUAAAGAAGAGGUAAGCAAAACUUGAGUGGUUCCUACUGAUUCGCAGCCUAGAAAGGUGCUUGGAUGGCUUAAACUGAAGUGUUGCUGAUUUGUUCUUCUCUUGCUUCUGCUAAACGUGUUAUUUACUCCAUCUUUGAUAGUGAUGCUACAGGACAGAAAGAAAUGGAUAAAAACAUUGGUGAGCAACUCAAUAAAGCUUACGAAGCUUUCCGACAGGCAUGCAUGGAUAGAGAUUCUGCAGUAAAAGAACUACAGCAAAAGCAGACUGAAAACUAUGAGCAGAGAAUACGUGAGCAACAGGAACAGCUGUCACUUCAACAAACUAUUAUUGACAAGCUAAAAUCACAGUUACUUCUUGUGAAUUCCAGUCGAGAUAACAGUUAUGGCUGUGUUCCCCUGCUUGAAGACAGUGAAGCAAGGAAGAAUAAUUUGACCCUUGAUCAGCCACAUGAUAAAGUAAAAUCAGGAAUACCAAGAGAAAAAGAAUCAAAGGAAAGAAGACAAGAGGUUUCUUCUCCUAGAAAAGAAACUUCACCAAGGAGUCUUGGCAUUCCUUUAUUCCAUGAAAGGAGUUAUAUAGAGAAAACUUUCUGGGAUCUGAAAGAAGAAUUUCAUAGAAUAUGCAUGCUAGCAAAAGCUCAAAAAGACCACUUAAGCAAACUUAAUGUCCCAAUCACUGCAACUGAGACACAGUGCUCGGUGCCUGUACAGUGUACCGAUAAAACAGAUAAACAAGAAGCCCUGUUUAAGCAUCAGACUAAAGAUGAUAUAAAUAGAGGUGCACCCUGCAUCACAUCUGUCACACCAAGAGGACUGGGCCGAGAUGAGGAAGACACCUCUUUUGAAUCUCUUUCUAAGUUCAAUAUCAAGUUUCCACCUGUGGACAAUGACUCUACUUUCUUACAUAGUACUCCAGAAAGACCCAAUGUCCUUGGUCCUGCCACAUCUGAGGCUGUGUGUGAGGAUAAAUUCAAAAUGGAAAUCAUAGACAACCCAGGAAACUUUGUUAAAACAGAAGAAACUUUAUUUGAAAUUCAGGGAAUUGACCCCAUAGCCUCAGCUAUACAAAACCUUAAAACAACUGACAAUAUAAAAUCCUCAAAUCUUAUAAACACUUGUAUCAGGACAACUCUGGAUAGAGCUCCAUGUUUACCGCCUGGAGACCAUAAUGCAUUAUAUGUAAAAACAUUCCCUCUUCAGGACCUGUCUGAUGCUCCUUUUCCUUCACUUGAUUCACCAGGAAAACCUGUCCGAGGACCACAGCAGCCAAUUUGGAAGCCUUUUCCUAGUCAAGACGGUGACUUAUCGGUACAAAGUGGCACAGGCUCAGAACUGCAUAUACCUCGAGUAUGUGAAUUCUGUCAAGCAGUUUUCCCACCCUCCAUUACAUCCAGGGUGGAUUUCCUCCGGCAUCUUAAUUCACACUUUAAUGGGGAGACUUAAGACACAUUUGAAAAAGACAUAUCGAGUUCUAUGUGAUGAUUUUGAGUUUGUAAUACUAUAAAUACUUUGCUUGCAAACUUACUUCAGGAUCAUUUGUUAAAAAAUCACAGCUGUUUGAAUUUUUUCUAAACUUAUAUUGUAAUUGUCUUUUAUUAAAGAUCAAACUGUAAUUCAUUGCAUUCAUGUUUACAGUGCUUAUUACCAUAAUUCAAAGUUAUGUGUGUACUUACGGACUUGUGUGACCAUAACGGAAGUUUGCUUCAACUGUCUAAGCUUAUUGCUUGGAUUCCUAGCUAGAUCUGUUGAAUUUGAUGAUGUCAAAUGUUUAUAGGGUCUUUUUUAUUAAAAAAUUUAAAUUAUGCUCUAAGUGAUUUUUUUAAUAAACCUAUAGUAAAGAAUAGCAGACAACAUAAACAUUUAAGUAAAUACAAAACCUAAGACAUUUGAUGCUCAGUGACAAAAUAACUGGGAUAACUAAACACUUUAUAUUUUUAAAAAAUAAUAUACAUAGUUUUAAUUUCUACUGUGUAGGUACAGGAUGAAUGAACUAUUAAAAGGGUUACUUAUAUUGUGAUCAUUAAUGUGUGCUUUGUUCCUGAGUAAAAAAAAUAGAAAGGAAAUAAAUCACAUUUUGGGGACGUUUACA